AUUGUAACUAGACUGCAUUGCUUUGCAAGUAAAAUGCUUGUUACUCCUGCUACGGGAUUAUCAGUUGGUAUUUUCAUCCAAUCAAAGGUCACCAGAUCUUGCCAAAACCUUUUGUUUUGGGCAGCAGGAUAAUAUAUCAAUAUGCGUACAAUAUCAAAGGACUCCCAUAAGGCACACAGGAAAAACUGAACUAAUGGUUUCAGUCUCUUACUUGAGGAAGGCAUGGUUGUCAUCUGACCAUGGGGAUCCUCAGUGACAUCACAGGGAAAGGUUAUCUUAGCGACUCCCAGCUAGUGGGGGAAAAGUAUCCAGAAAGAAGAUAUAUAGAAUUUGUGUCUAGUUAGCUGACUCAGUAAAAGACCACAAUACUACACCCAUUCACAAGCACGCACACAAGCACAUAUGUUUGUUUUUUUCUCAUUAUUUACUUUGUUUAGUUUGGUGUAGCAGUAAAGUGUAAAAUGUGUAACAAGCUAUGCAUUUUGUUGAACACAAAACGUAACACAAUACCCAGGGCGUCUGAUAAAAGUAGAGUAUUUGGAGCCUCCCUGUUCAAAGUGUCAUUAAAUAUUUAUGUUUUAUUUUAAUUACUCUCUAGUACCCACCAUUUAUUUAACCUAAUAAACUUUUACAGAUUUUUAUGGGACGUGCCGGUAUUUACUGAUUUUUAAAUAAAUACAAUCCGCAAUGAUCCGCUGACGCAGCAGGAAAAAGAGGAUCAGAUAUCCCCUUAACAUGUCUUGUAUAUCAAUUUUAAAAGGGAACAGUACAUGCAGUUUUUUUACUUUACUGGUUGGCUUUGUGUACACCGUGUCAUAGCAACAACAGGCAAGUAAAAUAAACCACGGAUAAAAGCUCCUGGUAACUGUGUUUAAUAUUAAUAAGGCUUCAGUUCAUACUCUGGAUGUGUGCUACUUCCUAGAAGAUAGCAGGAGCUGUAAAGGUGUUUAAAGGUAUCUCUUGUGUCAGGUAGGUGGAACAAAAAUGAUAAAAAGUGGAAACACAGGAUGUAAUUAAUAAACUGAGUCUAGUAAAAAAUUAAGAUUUAAUGAUGAUUGCUAUCAUUUAUUUGAUUCAGUUAAGUUGCAAAAAGAUGGCUCUGGCAAGUGGUCACUGGGUACAGAAAGAAGUUUUAGGAGAUCCUCCAUCUCCAAGGCAUGGACAUGCAUUAGUGGUUGCUGGAAAUAUUGCUUUCAUAUUUGGAGGUUGUGCAAUGAGCAGAUCACUGGAUCAAGAUCUGAUGUAUCUCAAUGAUUUCUACAUGCUGACAAUUUCUCAGAGCGAUUCAGCAUGGGAAGUUAUCCCACAGAAUGGUUAUGUCCCAUCUCCAAGAGAAGGACAUUCUAUGUGUGUUGUAAAAAGAAAAAUCUAUUUAUUUGGAGGCCGAUCUGACCAAAAUGCAAAUGAAUGCUUACCAGGGAUAUAUGCAUUUGAUUUGGGAACCUUAGAAUGGAAGAAAUUAAUAACAACUGGAAAAGCACCUUCUACCCUGUGGCACAGUAUUGCCACUGUAGAUGAAAACAUAUUCAUUUUUGGUGGAAUGUAUCAUGGCACAAUAAUGGAUGAUUUGUCUAUAUUUAACACAGUAUCAGAAAGCUGGGUGCCAAUUAAGACAACAGGCUCCAUACCUGAGGCAAGGAUGGGGCAUGCAUUUGCAACAGUUGGACAACAAAUAUACAUGUUUGGAGGCUGUUCCAAUGCAUCUGAUUAUAACACGGAUGUAUAUAUUCUUGAUACAGCUACAUUGAUAUGGAAAUUGUGUGAAGUGAAAGGAGAAAAACCAAGUGGCCGAAAAAAUCAUUCAUUUACAGCUCACCAUGACAAGGAUAUUUACUUGUUUGGAGGACUUCAAGAGUCAGAACAUGGUACCAAAAUGUUGAAAUAUGAUGUCAUGAAACUAAGUCUUGCAAAGAUGAAAUGGAAGAGGCCACUUUAUUUUGGAAUCCCUCCAGCCUGCAGAUAUAGUCAUACAGCUUUUGUCUUACACAGCCAUCUCUUUGUUUUUGGAGGAAAAAAUGAAGAUAAUGACUUUAAUGAUGUCAUGGGGAUGAAGCUUAUAAACCCAUCAGACAGACAACCCAUAAUGAAGGACAUCUUAAUUGAAUGUGGCAUCCAAGGAAUAAGCAAUGGAUUUACUCCAACAAAAAUCCCCAAAAUUAAAUAUGAACUAAGUGAGCCAGAACCUCCAAGAAACAUUUCUCCAGCACUUUUUACAGAAAUAAAAACUUGCAACUACAUAUCUGCACGAAAUGAAGCAAUGGCAAAAAUCACUAUGGCUUUUGAUUUGCUAGAUGCAGAAUUUAAAAAACUUGACCUAGAACGAACAAAGUUUGCCCAAUCACAAGAUGCUUUCCAGCAAGAAAAACAGGCAUUCAACAAGCAGUAUCAAAUUCAGCAACAGGAAGUCCAAGAGAUGCUAGAAAAACAUAAGCUGCAAAAUGAAGCAUGGCUCAAAGCAAGGGCAGAGGAAAAUGACAAGGAAAGAAAGGAGAUCAGUAAACUAAGAGAAGAAAUUCUUCUGGAACAGAAAAAACUGAAAGAAGAGCAACAAGCCGUCGAAAAACGCAAUCAGCAACUUAUGUCUAUCAUGCAACAAUUCAAAGGGAUGUGAUUACUUAUUAUGUGCUUCCUUCAGAUGAAUCAGGCUUCCUUUGCAAAGUACAUAUUUUCUAAAUUGUAUUUCUUUUACCAGACACUAUAAUUUUACAGAAACCACAUAUAUCUUACAAAUAUUUUUCACUUCAAGAUUCAUAAGGCCUCAUUUAAUAAUAAAAGAGCAGGGUGCAAAGUGCCAUUUUUUUUUGCAUUCUGCCGCACUGUCCAGAAUGGAGUGCAAGGAUCUGUUACUUCCCAUGAACACAGUGCUGCCCGAGUUCAGCAGAACUGCAUUCAGAAGGUGCUCCCUAAUUCAACUUAGGGAACAUCAUUGAGGGAAAGGUAAAAUAGAGCUUUGUACUACUAGCUUUCCUAUAUCUUUUAAUGUCAUAGUUGUUGGGUAAUUUACUUACUUCCACAAAGUCCCGGGCCUGGGGUGACAUGCUGGCAGCGGCAUGUUAAAUUUGCUCACAUAGGGAACACAGGGAAGGACAGAGAAUGGGGACGGCCUCUGGGCGCCUUGAACAGAAAUCCGGUGCUGUACUGCCCUGUACUUACCACUUGCCUUGCACUCAACAGCAUUGAACGCUGCACCUUGUGCCAGGUGAAAAAUAGAAGAUGCAGAGCAUGGCUGCAAAUGUUCCAUGCAUGGACCCUGGGUGCCCCUACUGGGCCCUGCUGACCACCCUGUGCCCCACCAAAACCAACUGUUUUCUCUCCUUAGGAAUGAGAUGAAAAAUGGGCAUGCAUUUCACUGUAGAAUACACACAUCAUCUUUAAUUAGUUUGCAGGAGUUUCUGCUGUGCAGGGCAGAGUGAGGAAUGCAGCAAUGCUAACAACUGUGCCACCUGCACUCUAUGGGAGAUAGCCUUCCUGUAAUCUGGAAUUUAUGGAUAACAGAUUUUUGGAUAAGGGAUUCCCUACCUAUACCAAGUUCCAAGUACUGUGUGACACAAGCCACAUAAUUAUGUACUGGUGAUAACUGAUGGCAUCUCUAAAGACCAAAUGUAAGAACAUCUUUUAACGGGUUAUUUGUGGCUUCUGUUUAUUAAAAGGCUGUUCAAAAGGUCUUUACAGGAAGCACCUCCAAAACAUAUUCCUGCUGGAGAGCAUUUCAUGGGCACUUUGUCCAUCAUCAGUCACUUCUACCACCUGAAAGAAUCUCCCCACAAAAUCUGCUAAAUAAAUUAUCUACAAACCUACACAUUUA